UGAAAGAUCCCUGUGGAUGCUGUGAGGAGGACUGAUGUUUGGUCCUUCAGUGCAUUAAAUACACAAAGUUAUCUUGUUGCAUCGUUCCCUACCGCGACGGCCAGCGCUCGAAUCGGUCAUGGCUGCGAGUGCGAAAAGAAAACAGGAGGAGAAGCAUUUAAAGAUGCUCCGGGAGAUGACUAGUUUGCCUGCCAAUAGAAAAUGCUCUGAUUGCGACCAGCGCGGCCCGACCUACGCUAACAUGACAGUGGGAUCGUUCGUUUGUACCACCUGUUCUGGUAUUCUGCGUGGUCUCAAUCCUCCCCAUCGCGUGAAGUCCAUCUCAAUGACGACCUUCACACAACAGGAAAUCGAUUUUUUACAGAAACACAACAAUGAGGUUUGUAAACACAUUUGGCUGGGGCUCUUCGAUGACAGAAGCUCUGUUGUACCAGACUUCCGUGAACCACAGAAAGUCAAGGAGUUCCUCCAAGAAAAAUAUGAAAAGAAAAGAUGGUAUGUCCCACCAGAACAGGCCAAAGUGAUCGCCACCGUCCAGGCCUCCAUCUCGGGGUCAUCAGCCAGUAGUACAAGCAGUACUCCAGAGGUGCAGCCUCUCAAAACUCUGCACCUGAGUAAAACUCCAUCCACUCAGUCCCCUGCGAUCAGCCGUGCUCCGCCUCAGUCAGAGAAAAAGUUUGACCUCCUUUCUGACCUUGGUGGAGACAUAUUUGCAGCUCCUCCCUCCCAGACGGCUGGCUCCACCAACUUUGCCAACUUUGCACAUUUCACUCGGUCCUCAGUUACUACUGCAGCGCAAAGUAACUCAAACACAGACUUUGCCAAUUUUGACUCAUUUGGGAAUUCCAGUGGGUCGACGUCGUCGCAAUUUGGUACCUCACCCCAAUCCCAGCCUUUUCCCUCUCCUGCAGGAGGAGGGAUGCCUGUGCCCUCUCUCUCCAGCAUGGCCCCAGCGCACACACCCCCAAACACGGCAGCAGGGGAUCGGUAUGCUGCCCUGGCAGAGCUGGAUAGCGCCCUCAGCUCAUCUGCCCCCACUGGGACUGCUGUUCCAGGGGCCAUGUUUGGAGCUGCACCAGGAUCCACACCAGGGCCCCCUCAGCCAGCAGUACCCGUCAUGCAGCAAGGGUAUGGAGCGGCUCCGUCUACAAACCCGUUUGUAGCUGCUGGUAUGGCUCCUGAGCCCAUGUCCACCAACCCCUUCCAGACCAACGGCAGAGCAUCUGCCCCAGCCUCAUUUGGAUCAGGCUCGAUGAGCAUGCCGGCAGGCUUUGGGAACGCCAGCAGCUACUGCCUCCCCACCAGCUUCAGCGGCACCUUCCAGCAGCCCUUCCCAGGCCAGGCACCCUACGCUCAGCCCUCCGCAUACCACCAGCAGCCCAACGGUGCUGGCUUCCCAGUCUAUGGCCAGGCCAAACCUACGAUGACCUCAUACGGGCAAGGCAUUGCUGCCCCUGGCAUGUCCAACAAUCCUUUUAUGGGAGGUGCUCCUGCAGGAUCGUUCCCCACCGGAGGCUCCUCCACCAACCCCUUCCUGUGAUGUUCACUACAGCACAAGCACAUCAUUAUGUGACAUGCACAUGCACAAGCAAGCACAUGCACACAAACACACACUUCCUGUGUCACUACAUACUCAAAACACAGAGAGGCUAAAUCCAAGGCAGUUCUUUAGAUUCACAGCACUGAGUGUCUUAUAGUUUAAAAUGAAACGAUGCCCUAUGGAGAAAAUUCAGAGAAAAGCCCCCUUUUCUUGUCUUUUGGAGAAGGAAAGAUAAACACCCUUUGAAGCCACUGCCAUAUCAUGAAGAUAUUCGUACCGGUAUUUGUUAUGUAGCUUCAAAACAAGUUACUUUAUAUGCUUAGACAGUAAGCUCCUACUGCUUAUCAAUAUUACAGUACUUUUAAGCACACACUUUGUACAGAAUAAGCUGCGCUCAGAAGUUACCAUUACAAAAAAGGGUUAGAGGUGCUUUUGAAAGGGGUCGAAAUGGUUCGACAUAGGGAACCUUAUUUCAUUUUGUAUACAAAAAAUCACACUUAGUAAAAAGCCUUUCAUAUCAACCACCUGCUGCCUAAAAUAGGUCAGAAAACGAAUUGUGAAUCCAUCAUCAGCUUCUCAUCGUCAUGGCACCAUUAGACUAGUAACGAUGGACCGCCAAAUGCUCAGAACAAAGGAUGAAGCUGAAGGAGGAGGAAACUGAUUGGUCGCUUAUAAACUGCUGACAUACCUGAGCAACUUAAGGCAAACCUCACGUGGUUCCUGUAAGGUUAAGGCCUGUAACGCUGAAAGCAUUUUAAGUGUACGAAGCGCACUGUAUUGGACAUUAAGGACAUCAAGUCAGUAUGUGUACAUAUAUAAAUAUAUGUAUAAAUAUAUUAAAAGAUUUUUAACAAUU